GUCGGAUCAUCGAGGGAAGCCCUGCGGACCGCUGCGGCCAGCUGAAGGUCGGAGACCGCAUUCUGGCCGUUAACGGAUGCUCCAUCACCACCAAGUCCCACUCGGACAUCGUCAACCUGAUCAGGAGGCCGGAAACACCGCCUCCUCCGCAUCAUUCCCGAAUCGUCCAACCCAUCCUUGCUAACAAUGCGGAAAAGAUUGCGACGAUCACCACCACUCACGCUCCACAGCAGCAGCAGCAGCAGCAGCAGCAACAACAGGAAGGACGGAAUAAUGCAAAACCAAAGCCAGAUGUAUCAUACGAAUAUAAAUCAGCUCAGGAGCCUGAGCUGCUCACAGUGGAGCUGGACAAAGGACCGAAGGGCUUUGGCUUCAGUCUCCGUGGCGGGCGGGAGUACAACAUGGACCUGUACGUGCUGCGGUUGGCGGAGGAUGGCGCGGCCAUCAGGAACGGGAAUAUGAAGGUCGGAGAUGAAAUCCUGGAGAUCAAUGGAGAAACGACCAAGAAUAUGAAGCAUUCUCGCGCUAUAGAGCUGAUUAAAAAUGGUGGUCGAAGAGUCAGCCUAUUUCUCAAACGUGGAAAUGGUUAUGUGCCAGAAUAUGACCCAAACAACGACAGGGGCAGUUCCACAACAAGCUCACAAAAUGUACCGGAAGUGAAACACUUAACGGAAAGGCGACCUCAUCCAUUACUGGAAUCCAGUUACCCACCAGAACUUCACAAAUCAUCACAGCACAUGGAAAGAAGGGUUAAUGACCGAGAGCAAUCAACAGGCAGGAGGGAACACAGCAGACCAACCCAUGAACACCACAACAAGACCUGGAACGACACUUCCAAAAGAAAAGAAAAUGUACCUGGAAGGAGAAGGGACAGAUCACCCGAGAGGAAGGAAAGAAGAGCAGAGAAUGGGUACCACCAAAGACCACCCGACAGCGGUAGGGAUGUAACGAGGAUGACGGACCACAGCCUGGAACAGAAUGGGCGAUCGCUUGGCAGACGCACGGAACCAUCCAUUGACAGGAGGAAGAGGUCACCGGACAGGAGAUGGGAGGACCAACCUGACCGGGGGAGGGACAAUUCACCGGGCCGGAGAAACGAGAAGCCGUCGGAGAGGACGAGGGAGCGAUCGGCACACUGGAAGAAAGAUGCUGGGGCUGAGAGAAGGAGGGAGCGCUCGCCCGAGCGCAGGAGGCACAAGUCCCUCGACCCGAAAAGGGACAGGUCGCCCGAGAGGCGGAGCAAAGCUGAGGAGAGGUCCAAGCGCAGAGACGAGCAUGGCGCGGAGAAAAGUGACUCUUCCAGAGGCCCUAGGCAGUCUCCACAGCCAAGAAGGAAGCCGUUUAGGGAGUACAGCACUGAUCUUAGUAUCUGAAUCAAGAAUUAUGCACUGGACACGUCGGGUUCGCGCCCGAAAGGACCACGUGGGUUCUCUCAAACUAUCCCAAAGGUGAUGAAAGAUCAUCGGCUCGAAAGGAAAAAAAAAAAACAGAGGCCUACUGAUGUGAAAAAAAGAAUAAAGUGGACCCCAAACAAAAAUAACUGUAUAUACGUCAGGAAAAAGUUAACAGGGAAAUGUGCCUGACCCAACACAUGCUAGGUUUGCUCAAAGGAGAAGAGUAUUGGAAUUACACGUCCAAUGUAAGCCUUAACUGUAUUAUUGAUUUUAGAUAACUUGCCAGAUAUUUUGUUAGUUUAAGGGGUGUCUCCAACGUUGUAACGAAACCAGACGACAUUAGCACAAAAUUAUUGCACUUUGUCGAAACAGUUUGCUGUUUUAAUACUGAAUAUUUUUCUAUGAUCACGCAAUGAGUUUGCAAAAAGCGUUCUAAGGCAUCUGAAAGAAAACUGGUGGGUAUGGCAUUGUUUAAACUGGCGAGUAGCCGUGCAGAUAGCACAGUCGGAAGAGCGAAUGUCUAAGCUGGGAGGAAUAUGAUCCACAACGCUGAUAUCGAGGGAUGGAUAUGCUUUCACCAUUCGGAAAAAAAAAAAUGAAAUAAUUUAAAAGAUUACGCAGACUCGAGCAUCGUCUGUCAGCAGGCGGUGCGCUCAAACAAGCGACUUGUAACGUAGGUUUAUUCGAUAGAUUUCUCUGCACCAUUGCUUUGAAGGAAGAAUGUAAGGUCUGCUGUGGUACUGAUGGAGAAUACAGGAAGAAGCUGCCUCACUGAGCCAUGAAAGAUACUCUUCAUUAUAGUCGAACCACUAAAGUAAACUGCAUUCUGUGCUCCAGUGUGUACGUCUGUAUUGUUCACAUUCCCAUCAACCAACACAACAAACAAGCUCUGUCACUGAUAUUUGCCAUGCUCCUGUACAGAAUUGUAUGAUUAACCAUCAUAUGUACAAAGUUUAAAUUGUAAUUAAUAGAGCCUGUUGCAAAAUUAUGCCUUUCCUGUAAAAAGAGUUAAACAAAAAAAACUAACGGCAAAACUAAAUGUGAGGAAUGUGAUCAUGUUUAUAUUUCGGAAAUGGAACAAACUGAUGUAUGGGACAUAUUUUAAUGAUUCAGGUAUAUAAAACUCUUUUCAAAAGGAAUACUAUAUCAGUAAUUAUUAAGUUUUUGUUCGUUUGGGAAUCCUAUUUCUCAAUGGUGAUCUUGCCUGUGUAUUAUAAAACACUUGUAUGCGAUCUGUGUUCUUUCUUGCAAAUGUGCUUUCGACCUGAUGUUCUGCUGUGUAGAUUGAAAGCAGUAAAUGGGCAAGUCUUUUUUUUUAUAUAACCUACUAUGCAUAUAUAAAUACGACAUUGUUCAUAGCUUGACCCGUGUGGCAAUAUACAUAGCAUAAGUGUAGUAAGGUGCAGCAGGUAGUAUUAUUAAUAUAUCCAUGUAGCUUCCACCCAAGAAAGACCACGAUGUAUAUGUAGCUACAAAAGAAGUCUGUGAAUGCUAUUUUUCUUAUCAAAUAAAGUUUUUCCAUGCAAAUUCAA